CAAGAACGCCAACAAUUCUCACAGCGAAGUGAAAUCUUUUGUCCUGCGCGUGGAAACUUCCCUUCGCAUUUCAUCCUUUGGAGCAUCCAUGCCAGACGCUGUGGCUCUGCCUGGUUGGGCGCCUGGUAGAUCAGUGCAGCGUGAACAAGAUAUCGGCCCUGGGGUCCACCAUGUCUAUCAGUUUGUCAAUGAGGGGCCCAGCGCCAUCAGCGAAGGAGUGUUGGACCUCAGCUGUCCUCUCCGAGUGCAAGGACGAGCUGUACUGUACAUCACCCGCUACACGGUGCAGGCAAACUGUACCUCCAGCAGCCCCAUUAAUCCAUCACGUCUACAGCUGGAGCCACCUCCAACACCUCCUUCUGGGCAGGAGCAGCACUAUGUGCAGAAGCAAGAUGGAGUAUGGAACACGGGCAACAUUGGAGGCACUUUCCCUCUGAAGUGUAAUGAGGAUGAAUGUUUCCAACUUCACUGCCGCAUGGGAGCAUUGCAACGGCUACAAAGUGUCAGCUUACUCCUCUAUUUUCGCAUCUGGUCCAAAAGCUUUCAACAGAAAGAGAACUAUCCUCAGGCUAUCCAGUGUGACGCUGUUUACCAUAUGCAAAAGGUGCCCUACAAAAUCCAGCCUCUAGAGCUCCCCACCAUUGAUCUGAAGGUGUCAACAUCAAUCCAUUGGGCCAAGGCAGAGACUAGCCAGGGUGUUCCUCUAUGGAUCAUCAUCUUAGCCAUCCUGAUUGGGCUGCUGCUGUUAGCACUGCUCAUCUAUGUGCUGUACAAGCUGGGCUUUUUCAAACGUUCCCUUCCUUACGGCACAGCCAUGGAGAAAGCUCAGCUGAAACCACAAGCAGCUUCAGAGGCCUAGCAAGUCAAUGUUGCCCUCUAUGUAUGUGUGUUGCUGCUGCCACCGCCCUGCGAAGAGGCACUCGGAUCGCCCAUCAAGAGCACUGGGGAAGAGGAAGGAUUCCAACCAACACCAGCAAGGCGUAGAAGGGCAGGGCCACAGACACUGGGCCCCUUGGACGACUGCAGGGUUCCGUGCGCCAAGCACCUCUGCUUUCCCUCCGUGAAAGAGGCUCCAACCUUGACACUAAGUGCCCUCCUUUCCCAGCCACUCCCGUCCCCUGAGGCUUGGAUCAUACCAACAACUUGUGUCCUGAACUCUGAGGGCUGCAGCAGGCAUUCGCUUCCAGCCCAAGGGAAUACUUGAAGCCGCUAGAGCGGCAGGUGCUGGCCUGAUUUCAGGCCCCUUAAGUCAAGCUGUCUGUUCCGUCCAUCUGCGGGGAAGGGAUUGUCGUCGUGGACAGUUCUCAAGCUGCCGGUCUUCUUUAGAUUGACACAGCUUGGCUGAAAAAAACGAAAGGAAACAAAAAAUAAAAGCACAAUCACCUCCUGAGUCCAGCUCUUUGUCCUCCAUGGGCCAAAAUGGAGGAUCCUGGGCUCUCUCUCUCUCUCUCUUUCUCUCCUUUCCGGUCUUCCCCGGUUUGCUUCCUGUGGAGGACAACAUGGGGCAGAGACUUUAUCUGGGAAAGCAGGAUGCUCCCACAAUGCCAAAGAUUUGCCACAUUAGGAAGCCAAGCCAUCACCCGGUGUCGGCCCGGACUCGCCGACGGUCUUCGCACUGAUCUCCGGAAACCGCUUGAGAUGUUUUAUUUUUCAGAUGCCACUUUAAUGAAAAGAAGAAGGAAUGAGGAAGCGAGGGCCACCUCUUGGUAGCAGAGACAGGGGUUG